UACCUGAAGCGAUGGAAAGCAAAUCUUCCCAGAAUUGAUCUCGGAACGUGCCCCUUUGGGGCGCAGAUGGGAGUUGAUUCCACAUAAUCUCGAUCACUGGAGAAAAGAACGUGUAAGAAAACAAAUUUUACAAUGGUGAAUGUUAGCUUGAAUGGGAUCUACGAGGUAACACUGUCGGUGACCUGCGCCGCCUCAACCAAAGGAAACCAAUUCUUGUUUUUUCUAACAGCUUUAAACUUUCUCCUCGCCAUUUCAGCGUCUCUGGGAAAUGCUGUAAUCUUUUUUGCCUUGCGAAAGAUUUCUUCUCUUCAGCCAGCAUCCAAACUCAUGUUUCAAUGCCUGGCAGUUACUGAUUUUUGUGUUGGCGUUUUUUCUCAACCUUUGUUUGCCGUCCAGUUGUUGUCGAUAGCAAAUCAGCGAUUGCAGCUUUGUUACAUUCUUGUGAGCAUCAAUAACGUUGCUGGGAAAGCUCUAAGUGGAGUGUCGUUGUUCAUUUUAACUGCAAUAAGUUUAGACAGACUUUGUGCUCUUUGUUUGGGAUUGACUUACAAGAGUGUCAUAACUUUCAGGCGAACACGCACGAUGAUUAUUUGGAUUUGGCUUUUGAACAUUUCCCUCGCCAGCCUGAGACGGUUUUGGAAGUAUCUUUUGAUAACUGAAGUAAUGUCUGCUUUCAUAUAUUCCGCACUAAUAACCUCAGCUAUCUCCUACUUGACGAUCUACCUUAAACUACACAAAUAUUGCAAUACGCUGCGAGCCUCUGAUCAAGAUGACCAAUCGAACGUGCGAAGGAGUGCUUUCAACAUUGCCAAGUACAGGAGGACAGUGUGCACUGGGUUGUACGUACAGGUAGCAUUAGUGACCUGCUACCUUCCAUUUGGAAUAGUAAUGGCUUUAGCGAGCACUCGCGGUUACAACUCAUCGUUUAACGUUGCUGCUCGACUGACAAUCACUCUUGCUUUACUUAAUUCAUCAUUAAAUCCCAUUCUCUACUGCUGGAGACUAAGAGGAGUUCGACAAGCAGUGAGGGAGAUUAUAAGACGCCCAAGUCAGUUAUCUUAGUAGAUCUGCAUUUAGCAAUUUUUAUAAAGUUAAACUGUUUUGGGUGCAGUUCAGCGAACGCUAUAAUUACAUAGCUUUUUUCGUAGUUGACGUUUCAGAAAAGAGAAAAUUAAGGGCAUAGAUAAUAGAAUGUUCAACUUAAAUAAUUAAUAACGUUACACUUUUGCCCCAAAAUGGCGACCUCGGGUUUCGAAAACAGUACAUCGGUAAGUUAAGGUUUCUUUCUUGGGAAAAAUUUAGGAGUCAACAGAGCCAAAACUCAAAGCUGAUAAUUAUAAAAGAGUGGCAUAAUCACUUUAAGAUUCAGCUGAAUCGUUUAAUUUCAAAACAGAGCUGAUAAUAUAAACUGUU